UCCCCGCAGGUGGGCAGCUGGGAGCAGCGGGUGCUGCGGCUCAAGUACCCGGUGUGGUCGCGCUACGGGCGGUUCCUGCAGCCGGUGGAGGACGGGCGGCACCUGACGGUGGCCACGCUGGAGGAGCGUCCCUUCGUCAUCGUGGAGAACAUCGACCCCGCCACCGGCACCUGCAUCCGCGACUCCGUGCCCUGCCGGCGCCAGCUCAACCGCACCGCCAGCCCCCCGCCCUUCGAGAAGAAGUGCUGCAAAGGUUUCUGCAUCGACAUCCUGAAGCGGCUGGCGCGGGCCCUGGGCUUCACCUACGACCUCUACCUGGUCACCAACGGCAAGCACGGCAAGAAGAUCGACGGCGUCUGGAACGGCAUGGUGGGCGAGGUGUUUUACCGCCGCGCCGACAUGGCCAUCGGCUCGCUGACCAUCAACGAGGAGCGCUCCGAGAUCAUCGACUUCUCCGUGCCCUUCGUGGAGACCGGCAUCAGCGUGAUGGUGUCCCGCAGCAACGGCACCGUGUCCCCCUCCGCCUUC